UGACUCCUCCAGUAAGCAGCAUUCACUUUUUACGGUAAUAUGAUGGUCAACAAUAAUGACUCAGUAGAUGACUUGGGCCAUGACCAAGAUCUUCUGCAUGCAAGGCAAUUAUUUGGACAACUCUGAUUUGCUUCCUCAGAAGUUAGCUUGCAGUGUAACUGGGACUGGAAUUAAUGAUGCAGAAACGCUGAUUCCUCCUCUGCUCCCUGCCUCACAGCCUGGAAUGAACCAGGGUGCUCCCACUGACAAAAACAUGGAACAGACUGCAGGGCAGCAGGAUGGAGCGCUGAGGAUGCAGAUGGAGCAGCUGCAGAUGGCUGAACAGCAGAAAAUCAUUGCGCUUUACAACCCAGGUUUUUCUGUUUCUCCUGUGAUACCUUCCCAUCUAGUAGCCACUGUGUCAUCCCUUCCAUGCUUUCCUACUACUUUAUCUCCUGCCCAGUUGCCACCCAAAGAUUCUUCACAAGUUGAGAGCCCAGGAUGCUUAGAGACCUCUCCUUCAGCAAUGCCUUCUGCCCUGCAGAGCAGCUCCCCACCAGUGGUGCCAAACGAGAGCGGUUCAGAAAUCUCAGGAGAGCAGCUGCAGCUGUCAGAUUCAGGGAUAAGCACAGAGCCAUUGCUUCAGAGUACCGAGAGCCCCACAAAACAGCUUUCCAGACAAGAUGCUCAGGAAGAAACCAGAACAGAAAACAAAGAACAAACAGAACAAAUGAAGGAGAUUCCUCCAUCUCCCUUCAACACAAAGGUAAAGACUGGAAACCUAGGAAACAGGCCAAUCACAGCAGGAAUUGAUAUUAGACAGAAGACUUCUGAAAAAUUUAUUGACCAGCUUCAGGUAAACACUCAGUUGAUAGAAAAACAGGAGCAGAAGGAGCAGAGCAAGGCAAAAGGAACACCUCGGAAGACUUUUCAGAAGCGAAAAGAAGGUACUGUAAGAGUAAAAAAAACUAAACAGAAGCCUUUAAAAGAAGUGAGCAAGCAUUCCAGAACUGAUGUGGAGCACCGGAGUCUUUUUUCACAGCCUGGACAAAUGGAUGCAGGGAUACUACAGCCAAGGGAAUAUCCUCAUGUAAAUCUGCAGGUCAGCAGCUCCAUGCGUAUGGGUACACAUGGGAAAAAAGCAAACUGCGCUUUAGCUGAGAAGGGAAUUAAGGCUCAGGCUGACUGUGAAGUGAAAGUACAGGAGCAAGGUGAAGAAGAAAAAGUGGUGAUUAGAAGAGAUGAAGAUGCUUUUGCCUCGCCUCCUCUGAAGUGGACUGAAAUCCUGAACUCAUGUCCUGAAACAACAGAAAUGAACCUACAAUUAGGUGGGGAAAGUGAAACUAAUCACAGGGAUUCUGUAGAGCAAGCUGGCAGAACUGAUGAAAGACUUGUGGAGGGUACCCUGCAAAUAGACCUAGGUAGAGCAAAUCAGCUUCUACAGGGUGAGCUCAGAGAGGAAGAAAAGACCCCUUUGGAAGUCCUGCAAAAGUGUUCUACGCUUUGGGAUAUAGAAUCAGAACACAUGAGGAAAGCGGAGUGGAGCUCAGCCCCUGUAUUCACACAGGGCCAGAAGCAUGUGCAGAUAUGCCCACAAGAACUUGUUUCAGGGAACCAGAGCCCAGAAAGCAAAGGACAAAACCACACUGGUUUUAAGAAGGUCAAUGAUAAGAUCAUAAAAAUUACUUGUAACUCGCCUGAGGCUGUGGAGCAAGAAAGCUCAUCCCAGCAGGAAUGGCAAAGGAAGGGGACAGCUGCCAUGACAUGGCAUGUUGCAUCUUCAUCUCAUGAGUCAGGCUGCUUAUCCUCCAACAGUGACGAUGACCCCAAAUCUCAUUGCAGUCAAUAUCCCUCCCAGCAUGGGCCUCAGGUAGCAGAUCAUUGUGACAGACAUUUGGAUCUCUCUGAAAAUGAUUAUGCUAGUGAUGAGACCAGUGAAAUUGAACACAUCUCCAUGAAAAAGAACAUCAGUUCCUCCUCAAGAAAACAAGAUAUUUUAGCACUCUCAAGACAGCAAAGUCUCUCCAUCAGCACAAGCAGCAGUGAUUCCAGCACUGGAGCUGUCAAGCUGAAAGGGAGCAAGGCUCACUCUUCUCUUCAGCAUUCUGCAUUUCAUCUCACAAAAUCCACAAGGAGAGAGGAUGAACCUGAAUCAAAGGCCAAGCAUGUUACAAGCCUUGAUCUGCCAUCUUCAGCAGUGUUUUUUAGGGUUAAAGGAGCCCCUGCAGUGAAGCAACCACAGAAUAAACUGACUACAAAUGUGUUAGAAGAAACGCAGAACAUCGUUUCCAGAGGAUUAGAAACUGAUGUAUAUCAUGGAGGAUCCCUUUCACUGACUAGAGCAGAAGAAGAACAGGACAAAGCAAUGCAUUUUCUCAGCAGAAUACGAAUGGACCAACUUAAGACUGUCAGAGGCCAGGAGCUGACUCAUCCAUUGCAAUACAACAGAGAGCAAACUGACUCAAAGGUGCAUAGCAAGUUCAAAGGAACAGCUAGAGUCACUGGAGAAAGUGUGAAAUCAGAGGAAAUACAAAUAUUAAAGCAACAGAUUACAGGACUGCAGGAGGAGUUCAGGAGAAAUGAGUCCUGCUGGCAUGCUGCCUAUGGCAAGCUAAGAGACCAGGUUGAGAUGCUGACUAGGCAGAACAUGGAGCUUCGAAAUGAGCUCAGAGGUUCAGAACAGAAGAGGCUGAAAGCAGAAAGAAAAACAGGAACUGUGAAUCUCACUGACAGAAAAUCAGAGACACCGGUUGCAGAAGCUAUCCUGCGAGAGACAGCACCUUUAUCCACCCAGGAGAGAUCAUGGAGAGAGAAGCACAAGAGCUGUAUCAUCUCUCAUGUGGGGCCAGAGGCAGCUUUGCAGAAACACUGCUGCAGAGAUAUUAAUAGCAAAGCAAUAAAAAGCUCCAUACAAAAGGCUGAUCCAUUGAGACUGGUAACAAAGGAACAUCAAGAAAAGAAACCAUUUCACUGCUCCCUUGGCAGAAGCACAACGCCAACUGGCAGGACAACACCUCACCAGGGAAGAGUGACACCUUUUGAAUCAGAAGAAGUUGUACAACAACCCUCACCUACUGGGAGAAGAACAGAUGAGAGGAAGUCACCUGGAGCUGGCUCACAUCUGAGUGUUUCUAAGGGCCAUAGGUUAUCUUCUUAUGACAAAGGCACACCUUCACCCAUUUCAAUUAUCUCAGAAGACACGUUCCUCUCAAAUAAGCACAGCAAUAAUACUUGCAGCUUUGCGCUCUGCAGUUACAGGGAGGAAACACAGGAAGAAGAGAUUCCUAAUCUUAAAAAGACAGAAAGAAUGUUAAAACCUCAGAAUAAAGUGGCUUUUGCAACGACCCAAAGGAGAAGUGGCAUAACUGCAUAUGAGAACAAAGUACUUACAAGCAGUUCUCCUACUCUUCUGGAUGCUGAAGCAAAGGUACAGCCUCCAAAAUCAAUAUUAUCUAGAAAGUCAAUGUUACAUCAAGAAAGAAGGAAAAAUGAGGAUGUGGUGCAGGAAAAAAUAGAGCAUCAUGAUGGAAAGGUUGAAGAGGUGCUUACUGAUGGACGUCGAAUCAUCACUUUCUGCAAUGGUACUAAAAAAGAGAUCAGUGCUGAUAAAAGGAUGACAACAAUCAACUUUUUCAAUGGAGAUGUAAAGAAGAUCAUGCCAGAUCAGAGAGUGAUUUAUUAUUAUGCAGAUGCACAGACAACUCACACUGCUUAUCCAGAGGGCCUAGAGGUGCUGCAGUUCCCUAAUAAUCAGAUAGAAAAGCAUUAUCCUGAUGGCACACAAGAAAUUGUGUUCCCUGAUCACACAGUGAAAUGCCUCUACAGUGAUGGAUUCGAGGAAACUUUUUUCCCAGAUGGUACAAUAGUAAAAGUAGAAAAGAACGGCGAUAAACUAGUGGUAUUCAGUAAUGGCCAGAAGGAGUUUCACACUGCACAGUUCAAGAGGAGGGAAUACCCAGAUGGAACCAUAAAGACCGUGUACUGCAAUGGCAGGCAAGAAACCAAGUAUUUGUCUGGACGGGUUCGAAUCAAAGAUGAAGAGGGUAAUAUCAUCCUAGAUAACAAGUGAUUCCUCCUCUCAGUGGCUGCACUGAGUAAGUGGCUCAACAAAUUUUGUCUGUAUGAUUUAGUCUCUCUCUCCGCUGGACACGUGUUGGUUUAAAAGAUUCUUUACUGAUGCCUCUAAUGCUUUUCUGUUGCUGUUAAUUAUUAAGAUUAGAACAUGUGAAGGAAUGAAAACCACUAUUUCUAAUGAAAUAAAUUAAGGAUAAUACUCUCAA